AUGGCUGAGCGCGUUUCAACGGGUCGGCAUGGAGGUCCAGCAGACGACGCUGUACGAGGAGCCAGGCGCGCUGGGCGAGGACGGCUGCAGCGCCGGCGACGUGGAUCAGGGCCCGACGCUGCCGCUGUGGGAGGCCGCGCUGGCCACGCUGGUGCUGUCGUUCCUCAUAAUCGCCACGAUCCUGGGCAACUGCCUGGUGAUCCUGAGCGUGUUCACCUACCGACCGCUGCGCAUCGUGCAGAACUUCUUCAUCGUGUCGCUGGCGGUGGCGGACCUGGCGGUGGCGAUCCUCGUGAUGCCCUUCAACGUCGCCUACCUCAUCCUCGGCAAGUGGGUGUUCGGCAUCCACCUGUGCAAGCUCUGGCUGACCUGCGACGUGCUGUGCUGCACGGCGAGCAUCCUAAACCUGUGCGCGAUAGCCCUCGACCGGUUCUGGGCCAUCACCGACCCCAUCAACUACGCGCAGAAGCGCACGCUCAAGCGCGUGCUCGCCACCAUCGCCGGCGUCUGGCUGCUCUCGGGGGCCAUCAGCUCGCCGCCCCUGGCCGGCUGGAACGACUGGCCCGAGGAGCUGGAGCCCGGCACGCCCUGCCAGCUCACCCGGCGCAAGGGCUACGUCGUCUACUCGGCGCUCGGCUCCUUCUUCGUGCCGCUGCUCAUCAUGAGCCUGGUCUACCUCGAGAUCUUCCUGGCGACGAGGCGCAGGCUGCGCGAGCGCGCCAAGCAGAGCCGCCUGGGGCCGGCGCCCUCGGGCCAGCGCCACCGCGACCAGGACGACAUCGAGGAGUCGCUCAGCUCCGAGACCAACCACAACGAGAAGUCGACGCCGCGCUCCCAGGCCAAGCCGUCUCUCGUCGACGACGAGCCGACCGAGGCCAACGCCGGCACCACCCCGCCGACCAAGGCCGUCGCAUCGGGUGCGAGCAGCAGCGCGACCAACGCGACGGGCGCUGGCGCCGGCGGCGUGGGCACGGAGCGCCGCGGCGGUGCCGGUACGCCGGCGAGCGCGACCGUCUACCAGUUCAUCGAGGAGCGCCAGCGCAUCUCGCUGUCGAAGGAGCGCCGCGCCGCGAGGACGCUGGGAGUGAUAAUGGGCGUGUUCGUGGUCUGCUGGCUGCCGUUCUUCCUCAUGUACGUCAUCCUGCCGUUCUGCAUGAGCUGCUGCCCCAGCGAGAGGCUCGUCUACUUCAUCACCUGGCUCGGCUACAUCAACAGCGCCCUCAACCCGCUCAUCUACACCAUCUUCAACCUCGAUUACCGGAGGGCGUUUCGCAGGCUGCUGCACAUACGCUGAGCCGGCCCCGCUCCCCUUGACUUUCCAGGAGGGCUCCCCGACCCCCGCGCGGCGGCAUUCGGCUCGGUCGCCUCACCUCCUCCUUUGCGUAUCGAGCACACCAAGAUCGCGCGGUCGCCCGCUCGCCUAAUGGCUUUUGUAGGGCUAAUUGCCUAUCCGUUAUUUUUGGCUCUCCGCUGAGCGCGAAAGAAUCCUCGUAUCGGUUUUUCCUAAUUGCGCGUUCCGAGCAAUUACGGCGCCAGGGCGAACAGUUGAAGCCACUUUUGGAAAGUCAAUUUGCGCGAGUAGGUUACUUGUUGACGUAUAUCAAUUGCGCCGAGGCUCCUCGCGAUUCACCCGCGAGAGAAGGGCUACGCAAAGACACACACACAAAAGGACGAAGCGCCUUUUACCGAAUUGGAAAAUUAUAUACACUUAAGACGUAUAUUAUAUAUACAUAAUUCUUACGGAUAUAUACAUUAUUAAUUAUAUACAAACGGCGAUCGACCCUCGCCAUUGUCACUUUACGGUUGUGAGUAGCGUUAAAAAAAUUUACCGCUAUUAAUUAACAAUUUAAUAAACAUAAGGACCCGUCGUACCGUUAUACUUAAUAAAAAUGAUUAUAUAAACCAAAGGAAACAAAAUAAUGCUUGACUAUUUGCGAUCUACGAGCGAGGGAAGAAUGAUAAGAGUAAAAUAAAUAAACAAAUUUUCGACCACAGUAGUCGGAGCACUCUUUAAAUAAGGUUGUGAUAAGGUUGUGACAAACAAAACAAAAUAAAAAACACACAUUUAGAGAACAAAAACCAAAACCCUAUGCAUUAUUUAAAAGAUACAUUCGUAGCCGCGCUUCGGAUGGAAGACACAACAGAGUGAGAGAAUUAACGUAUAUACUACGUAUUAUUAUCAUAUAUGUGACGCCUUUAUCCAAUAAUUAAGCGAGUUUUCUGUCCGAGUCUCGAUUUUAUUAUUCUAUAUAAUAUAUACCGACGCGAUCAUCGUCACAUCCUCACAUAAUAGAUAUAUAUAUAUAUAUAUAUAUACACACAUACGAGUAUAUAUACAUUAAUUAUGUUGCACAGUUUUUUAUAUAAAUCAAGCGGGAGAGGGGUAAAAUCGUUGCGCCAAGCGCCUGGGAUAUAUUAUUAUAAAGUUUAUGAUACUGUUAUCAAAAUGAAAAGAGGGGAAAAAAGAAACGCGAGACGUGUUCUUUGUUCCGCGCGCACGCUACUGGGAAUUUCACAUUGUUUUUCGAGACGCUUUUUGACUUUAAUCAGCAUGGAAAUUUUCAUAAGGCGAGAGCGAGCAAGAGAGAAUGCGAGAGAGAGAGAGAGAGAGAGAGAGUAUUAGCAUAUUUUAUAAUACAUUCCUGUUUGUAUUGUUCCUAUUUGUGCUUAAAUACAUGUAUUAAUGAGGAAAGAAACGAAAAUACAGAUGCACGGGUGGAACAAAGUGCGGCUGUAACGGUGGUUGUAUAUAAAUUUUAAGACGCGAGGUGAGCCACUCGCGGACGGCGUUUAAUGCACGCUAACAACACGCGAGGACAAUUGAAUCAUGCCAAAGCCCCAGCAGCGCCAGCCGCGAGAACGGGAGGCUAAUGGAAUUUUGGAGCGCGAAAUCUCGGGCAGAAAUCCCAAUCGACGCGGCUAUAGACACCAAACACAGCACAACACAACACACAACUAUAAAUUAUAUAUGAAUGAGUAUAUAAAUAAAUAAAUAUACGCACGUAAAUAUAAAUAUAUAUAGGCAGAGAAGCGGUAGGGUCGCUCGAACGAGUCCGGCUCGCCACAGUCAGCUUGGCGUCGCGGUGCGAGAGCAAUCGAGGCCGUAAACUCGCCGCGGCCGACUCGCUGCGAACGCCCGACGGAUCGCUCUUUCGAAACAGAGAUGACGACGGAGGUGUCCGGUUGGUUGACGAUCUCCGGGGUGAGAAUUUAAGAAACACUCGAUUGGUUGUGAUUUACCAAAGUAUAGCAAUACAUCUCUGCCGUGCGGCGCUGCGAGUCGAGCUCUCGAUCCGCCAACCCCGGAGCUUUCGAUAAUCGCUCGGUAAUUGGUGCGCCGAAAACCGCACGCGGCGGCGGCGACGAUUAAACGCCCCUCUCGACGCGAUGCCCUACAAGUUCACUCCGAUGUUGCGCGCGCGCGCUCCCUCUCUCUCUCUCUCUCCCUCUCUCUUUCUCUCUCUGUACAUUGCCAAAUUGCUGUCUUGGAAUACAUAGCAAACAAUUGCGAGCAAUUUCCAGGUUCUGUUUUUCCUUCGUGGGAUAUUUACUUUCAAUUAAACGGCUCGGAACACUCCGGAAAUUUCGAUGUAAAUUUAUGACUGGUACAUCGAACGGUUCGUCGGGGGGCAAAAAAAUUGUCUUCCUUCGUCUUAUUUUUCGUUCCUUCUGUCGCGCAAGUAAAUACAGCUCUUGAAAAUGGUUCGCCAGUCCGUUCCUCCCCCUUCCCGCGCGUAGCCCACUUUUCGCUAUCGGAAAUACACUUGCCCGCGUGACGGAAGCUGCAGCGAAUUUUCAUCCCGGAAUUCAGAUGCGCGUCGCAAUACAUUUUAGAUUACUUUUGAUAAGCCAUUGUGCCGCUUCCUUGUUUCUUUUGUUUUUUCUGAGCUUGUACGUCUCUUACUCUAGGUUCGUCUUUAUCAAUGUACAAUCGACAACGGACGGUCGCAAUAGGGGGUGUCUUAUCAAAAUACCAGCCAAAUUACGCUGUAAAGCUGUUGGCAAUUUGAGAGAGCAAGAGAGAGAGAGAGAAAAGGCACAUUUUACGUACGCUCCGUAAUUUCCUCCAAGAGCACUUUUCCAUUAACCCUACUGCGUAAAUGUACAUAUGAAUUUAUUCAUGCGCGUGACGGCGCACAUUAUGCUGCCACCUAGUCAAAAUUUCUGCUAAACAUUUUAACGACUCUUUAUAUUCAAGUCGCGCUAUUCAAAUUCGACUUAAAAGCUUUCGAUUGUUUCGCGCGCCGUCAAUGUAAAGAGAAACACGGAGUUCCCCAAUAUGAAAAUCCUUGGAAUGGGCGACGUGUGCAAUACCUUCGAAUUAUACGACUGUAAAAUUGAGUUAAAAAGUUUUCUUUUCGACCGCGAGCAAGAUUCGCAUUUCGAGAAGACAGAACUUUGGCGUGUUUUUUUUCUUUUAGUUGAAAACUCGCGGUCAUUAUUAAUAGCGCGUGGCAAUACAAAUUCAUACUAUAACAAGAGAGAGAAAUGGAUUAGACUACGAAUUACGGAAGUUUGCGGGAUUAGAGAAGUUUCCGAAUGAGAAUUCUCCGCUGCGAACCGAUAUAGAAAGCUUACCUGAAAAUAUUGCCAUCCGUGUGCGUGAAUCCUCCGCCGAUUAAUCAUUUCGAAGAUCGCAGCCGCGCGUUUUCGCGCCAAGCGCGGAUUUGGAAGUAAGCUCGGAAGCCUCGAUCGAGACGCAUCGCGGCAAGUGCACUUCGAAGCAUCAGGUGCGUGGUGUUAUUUUAUUUAUUUAUUUUAUUUUACUUUUUGACGGGUAGCGCGCACGGCUGCGGGCGGAAGGAAAGAACCUGAUAAAUAGGCCGUAGCCUCGGCGACAGAGAGAAUCCCAUCAGAUUUCAAUAGAUUCCUCGCCCGCGCGUUCUCGGCAUUAGCAUCUGCUCCCAUCUCCCACCCUUGCCGCUCGCGGCGAUCCUCGUCCGAGAUAAAAAUAAGCUUCGAAAACCAAUAUUGUCGAAGGCUCGUUUUAUAUAUAUACAUAUAUAUGCAACGCGGCGUUGGUGGGCUGAGCGCUGACACGCUUCGUCGCGUGCGUGCGCGCGCGCUCGCCUCGCUCAGUCGUGUAAAUAAUAUCCGAGGAGGACGAGGAAGAAUAAAAAAAAAGAAAGAAAAAUAAUAAUAAAAUAAUAUUCGUGUAAGUGUACUGUAUAGAGUGUAGCGCGAGGAGAGAAAGUGUGGUGCGUGUAGAGACGUGUGUACGUGCGAUGAGCUCGGUUUUAAUAAUGAACAAUACGCGUCGACCCGACACCAACCGUAUAAUCAUCGUCUUGCCGUUUGUUCGUUACGCGACCCUUUAUGACUGUUUUUUUUUUUCAAGCGCGCCUGCGAAAAAAAGAUGUCACGAGGCUGUCGGCGAAAGUAUCUUUGUUGAUUCUUCUCCUCUUUGUUUUUUUAUUAUCAGUUGUUACAUUGCGCCUUCGUUCGUUAUGUGGCGAUAAGUUCCACGAUUGCGUUAUUUGAUAAAAAUACAUGUCAUCUGAUU